CGUUGACUUUACACUUCUUCUUCUCUUAACCUCACGAGGUAUUUACAUGUUCAUGCUGCAUUGACUAGUUAAUAGCAGGCCGAUGUUGAUGUUGUAGAGGUAAAGUGUGGCAGAUUGAUGGCUGCUUGUAUGCUGUGUCGACGGUUGCCCAGGCUACGCUACCUCCGAGGCUUGGAAAAGGAUUUUACCCAGGCUCAACACCUCUAUGGUAAACCAGAGGAUGACACAGAUGAGCGGGAGGGGAAGAAAGGGGCAUUUCAACACCAGGAUGCCCCUCUCCAAGGAGGCUACAGGCUGUAUUACAACCCUUCUUCAUAUCACCACUCUGUUUGGAACUCUGCAACCUCCCGGAACCAAACAGAUAAUGAUGAGGAUGAACGGUGUCUCUCCGUUCUCGCACCUUCCUACUGGCAACAGAGCAAUCGCUACAGUGUGAGCUGCUCGCGGCACCUUUCCAGCUCAAAAAACACACUUCUUGACUUAGCUUUCAACAAAGGCCCUGAACCCGAGUUGCCAUCAGUGUCACCGUACCUUAGAAAACCCAUACCACCAGACGUAAAAGUAGAUACACGUGCCUUCCACAAAUGCCGGCUUGAGUAUGCCUCCAUGACCCUUGACGUCACCCAGCGGCCUCACCCAAUAGAAUGGGAAGAGGCCUGCCGACUGCUCAAAAAAGUGGCUGUUUUAAAGGGCAGCAUGAAGCCAUCUGAUGUUUCUCAGUUUCUUGUGGAGCUUAGCCACUUGCACGCAGACAAAUUGUCAUUAGUGAGGAGUAACCAACGCUUCAUCAUGCUCCUCCGAUAUUUUGUGGAAAACCUGCGCCUCUUUACUGACCUGCAGCUGCUGGAAGUGCUGCAGUCGUUUGUAUGGCUGGAAAUGCCCUCUGCCCACACCGUACUCGGGCUGUGUGAGACCGAGCUGAGCCGCCGGGCCAACCAGAUGACUUUACACCAGCUGCUGUUAGCUGCUGAUUUGUGGCGCUGUAUUGGGAGACAGGUCCCCCAGUUCUUGCAGCACCUCUAUGACUCAGUCCAUCUAAAUCUGGGACAGAUGGGGGUCCCUGAGCUAGUCCAGCUGUUGUAUAUAAUUGGUGAAGGUAGGCAGUGCCCUACAGGAUUAGUCCGUCCUGUACAGCAGCUUCUAAUGUACCAUUUACAACAAUUGUACCCAGAGGAGGUUGGCGUCAUAUGUUUGGGGCUCUUUAAAUCCCAAACUUCAAUAUCUCAGAGCACAGUGGCUCAUAUUGUUGAUAAGGCACACUCUUAUGUUAAGGAGAUGAGUGACUUUGCCAUGGUGAAUGUGCUGAAAUUCUUGCGUUUCAGUUACAUGUAUCACAGAGCGUGGAUGGAGGCCAUGACAAAGGAAGUUCCCCGACGGGCCAGGAUGGGUGUCAAGGGGCUGAUGCAUGUGGCACUGACCUGUUCAGCGGUGCAUUAUCACAACGAUGACAUCCUUAUUGCUGUUGCUGAAAGAGUGCCCUCGCUGGUGCCACACUGCAGGAGUAAAGACUCAUGCAAACUGCUGUGGGCCUUCGGCACAUUAGGGUUUCUCCCUUCUCAGAGUCAGAGCUUCUAUCCGAGCCUUACAGAAGCCCUGAGGCAGAGGAAAGCUGAAUUCCAGCGAUACCCGGAGCAUCUGCUUACUGGUCUCCUAGGCCUGGCCUUUGUCUCUCACUUCCCACAGGACCUAAUUGCAUUAGCCUUGAACCCUGACUUUGUCAAGUUAGCGCUGAAAUCGACACAGCUGGAGCUGAAAAAAGACUUGUUCACUUUAGAUGGAUCUGUGGCUCUGGAGUUGCCUCAGUGGACUGGCCCUCGACUAAGCUGUGAACUGAGGGAGGAGAUCGCUGAGCUGCUGUGGAAGUUUGCUCAAUCAGAUGUGUGCCAGAAACCUGAAGUGCAGGAGGCAGAAUCCGCUCUGCAGGAUCUGCUUGGAGGAGAGAAAUUUGUAUGUAAGAGAAUGAUUCUGCCCCACACUCGCUCCAUUGACCUGGAAGUACAUCUUGACUCCACUGGGCAGCCGAUACCUGUUAACCCAGCAUCCCACACAACUCCAUUAUCUCCUGAGAACACUUCAUCCAAAUUGACUUCAAACCAGGGUUGGGGAAGAAUAAAUAUAGGAGUAACUAUAACUGAUGAUCUUUUAGCACAGUUAAUAAAUACUAAAAGCACCACAGAACCUUUAUACCCAUCACCCACAGUUAAGCCUACAGCUCUUCACAGAGUAGAGCCCGAUGAAGGGAGGCUGUUUGACACAGGGCUCAACCUGACUAGUGACAUUAUAGAAACUCUUACCAAAAUCAGUAGCUCAGGCUCAGCCCCACAGGAUGCCAAAGGCACAGUCAAACUCGCAAUCCAGGUCUCCAGCAGGAACCACUACUGCUGCCAUUCACAGCAGUUGUUGGGCAUUCAUGCCAUGAAGAGAAGGCAGUUGAAGUUGGCAGGUUACAGGGUUGUAGAGCUUAGCCAUCAUGAGUGGUUUCCCAUGUUGAGGAAAAGCAGGACUGAGAAGCUUGCAUACCUGCACUGCAAAGUCUACGACUGUCUGUAAUGAUUCCCUGACCUCCAAGAGCCAAAAGAAAUCACAGAAAACUCUGCAAACUAUCUAGUGACUUUGGCUUCUGGGCAGUCUUUAGCUAGUUAUGAGUAUGUGCAAAGCACAGAAAAUGUCUGAAGAGGAGGUGGACAGAUGUUCUUUUAUCUCCACCUACCAUUGACUUGUUGUACAUGUUCAGUUCAGAAUUCAGUUUUAAUGAUUUUGUCAAAGUGUGGGACAUUUCAAAAUAUUUUUGUUAAAAGAAUGCAAAUUAAAAAGUAUUCAACACUGCACUGUCUUGGUCAAGGCCAUGAACAUUCGUGAGACAUUUGGAAUGUAUUUCCUUUUUCUGAAUUGCCCUAAAUUUAAACUUCCUGCCAGAAAUAGCUUUUACCUUCCAGGAUCUGUCAAAGAAUAAAUAGAAACAGUGGUUUUUAUAAUAUUUAAUAACAUUUGUGAUGGUCCUCUUAGAGGUAAGUGCAUCUCUUUCAAGUGUUUUUAGAUUGCUGCCCUGCAUUAUACGCCAGUCACUAAUUUUUCAAC